AUGACUACAUACAUCGUUCACAUUAUGCCCAAAGGGUCGGGACCAGAUGUUGGCGGAAAUUACAACACAGAGGAAGGUGAUGGAGUGAGAGCAGUGAAAGACACUGUAUCACAACUUGGUGCCGUUGCUACCAAAGUUUCAAAUUCCCCAACCCCAAGGAUUUAUCCAACACCCUACUACUAUCAGGUAACAACGACUGGGCCUCUUGACGAAAAAGACUUCAAAGAGAAACUUGAGGCAGUUUGGAACGCCUCGAAGACAGAGGACGAAAAGAAGCCAUUUCCUCAAGCGGAGGAAGUUAGAGUUUGGGCGGCCUAG